CCUUGUGGAAUCCAGUGUUUCGCACAGAUUACCUUAUAUUUUAGUAUUGUAUUUUAUAAACUUUGUUUUCUGUAAGUUGGUAGUGAAAGCUCAAGUUUAGAAUUUUGUUGGAAACUGGGAAUAUACUUUACUCUUUGACUAAUUGUCACUGUCAUUGUCAAAAACACGCUGGACAGUCUUUUUGAGUGGUGUUUCUGUGUUUGAUAUUCCAUUUUACUUCGCUGUGUAGUUUAUUAUUCCACGACAGUAAUUGUGAAUAAUAGCUAUUAAUUAAGUAAAUAAUCACAAAUAUUUCACUGACCUUUUAAUAAAAAUGGCACGCGGCAAGGAUAAGAAAAAGCGUAAAUUAGAAAAAAAGCAGGAAGGCGAUGAUGUACCCAAGAAAAUUCCGCAUACCCUGGAAUCCCUUAGGGAGAAAGAUGAGACUAUGUUGGCAAAUACCGAGGCAGAAGAGCAAGAAGAGGCACAAAAGGACUUGGAGCUAGAUGAUCUGUCAUCAUAUUAUGAAAAUACAUAUGAACCCAAAGUCCUGAUCACUUACUCAGAUAAUCCACAUAGCAAAACUAGGAUAUUUGGCAAGGAACUUGCUCGAAUGAUUCCAAAUUCUAUCUCUAGGUAUCGGCAAAGGUCUUCAGUAAAACGCAUUGUUCAAUCUGGUAUUAGAGAAGGAAUUUCAGAUGUUAUAAUAAUAAAUGAAAACCAGAAGCAGCCUAAUGGUUUCCUUUUGAUACAUUUGCCUGAUGGGCCUACUGCACACUUCAGACUGUCUAGUUGCAAAAUAACACCAGAGUUGAAAAAAGAUCAUAAAGAAAUAACCACUCACAGACCAGAGGUCGUUUUGAACAACUUUAGCACACGUUUGGGUAUGACAGUGGGGCGUAUGCUGGGUGCUUUGUUUCACUACGAGCCUCAAUUUCGUGGACGUCGUGUCGUCACUUUCCACAACCAGCGAGACUACAUAUUUUUUAGGCAUCAUCGGUAUGAAUUCACUAAAGACGGCAAGCGUGCCAAACUGUUGGAGCUGGGUCCGCGGUUUACCUUGAAGCUAAUGUCGUUACAGCAAGGCACCUUCGAUUCUAAACACGGGGACUACGAAUGGAUCAUCGCUGGUCGACGCCACCAACUCGAGACGUCCAGGAGGAAAUUCUUCUUAUAGUAGAAAUAAAUAUAAGUUAUCUAUCUCAAGUUUUAUUACUAGCGUUUAUCUCCUGUUUGAGCUUACUUUAAAUUCAAGUGUAUAGUAAAGAAACAAUAUUUUUGAAAAUAAAAUACUUGUAAUUUAUUAUCACUUCCUUGAGACUGACAGC